GCUUCCAUUGCAGGGACGCUAGGAACUGGAAGCAAUCUCGAUGAAUCCGAAAGAAUGAUGAAGUCCUCUGUACAUACGGAAGAGGAUGACUUUGUUCCAGAGCUUCAGAGAAGCAUUCAUCCCCGAGAGAGGCCGGAUUGGGAAGAGACUCUCAGUGCUAUGGCGAGAGGUGCAGAUAUCCCUGAGAUUCCAGGGGAGCUGCCACUUCGGAUGUGCGGCAGCACAGCGAGCAUGAAAGUGAAGAAUGUGAAAAAAUCCAUCAACCCGGAACUGAUGGGCUGUGAUGCCUUUCACAGGUUAUCCUUUACCAAAGGCCACUUUCCGAAGAUGGCAGAGUGUGCACAUUUCCAUUAUGAGAAUGUGGACUUUGGCAACAUACAGCUUUCACUCCCAGAGGAACAGAAUGAAGUAACAAGGAACGGCUGUGAAUCCAAGGAACUGGUCUACCUUGUGCAAAUCUCUUGUCAGGGCAAGAGCUGGAUUGUGAAGCGGAGUUAUGAAGAUUUCAGAGUACUCGAUAAACAUCUCCACCUAUGUAUCUAUGAUCGACGUUUCUCUCAGCUCUCAGAGCUACCCCGCUCCGAUGCCCUGAAGGACAGUCCAGAGCUUGUCACCCAGAUGCUGAUGGCUUACCUGUCACGGCUCUCAGCCAUCGCGGGCAACAAGAUCAACUGUGGGCCUGCCCUCACAUGGAUGGAGAUUGAUAACAAGGGGAAUCACCUGCUAGUCCAUGAAGAAUCAUCCAUUAACGUGCCUGCCAUUGCGGCUGCCCAUGUUAUUAAGAGAUACAUUGCUCAGGCAGCAGAUGAACUGUCCUUUGAGGUGGGAGACAUUGUGUCCGUUAUUGACAUGCCGCCAAAGGAGCUGACCACAUGGUGGAGGGGCAAACAUGGAUUUCAGGUGGGAUUCUUUCCGAGUGAGUGUGUUGAGCUAAUUAAUGACAAAGUUCCUCAAUCUAUGACCAACUCUAUGCCAAAACCAGUAUCCCCUGCCCACGGAGCCUGUCCAGCGUCUUGGAGCUACUUCCCCCCUUAUUUGGAGAUGGCUAGUGUAAAGCCAGGUUCUGCAUGUGUCACAGAGGCUCUGAACCAGUCCCAGCUGAGCUCAGUGUCAAAAAAACACGGCAAGCUCAUCACUUUCCUGCGAACAUUCAUGAAGUCGCGCCCAACAAAACAGAAACUGAAGCAACGCGGGAUCCUGAAAGAGAGGGUGUUCGGGUGCGACCUGGGAGAGCAUCUCCUCAACUCCGGCCAUGAUGUCCCCCAGGUCCUCAAGAGCUGCACCGAAUUCAUUGAGAAACACGGCAUUGUGGAUGGAAUAUACCGCCUGUCGGGAAUUGCGUCAAAUAUCCAGAAGCUACGCCACGAGUUUGACUCAGAGCAGAUCCCUGACUUGACUAAAGAUGUUUACAUUCAAGAUAUCCACUGUGUGGGCUCCCUCUGUAAGCUCUACUUCCGCGAGCUCCCCAACCCCCUGCUCACAUAUCAGCUGUACGAGAAGUUCUCAGAUGCUGUGUCUGCUGCUACAGAUGAAGAGCGAUUGGUUAAAAUUCAUGAUGUCAUCCAGCAACUACCCCCACCGCACUACAGGACACUGGAGUUCCUAAUGAGGCACUUGGCUCAUCUAGCUGAUUACUGCUCCAUCACAAAUAUGCACACCAAGAACUUAGCAAUUGUCUGGGCACCGAACCUGCUAAGAUCGAAACAGAUAGAGUCUGCCUGUUUCAGUGGAACAGCUGCCUUCAUGGAGGUCCGAAUCCAGUCGGUGGUGGUAGAAUUCAUCCUGAAUCACGUUGAUGUUCUCUUCAGCUCCAAACUCAGCUCAGUCAUACGAGAUGGGGCAGGUCACACUUCCUUAUCACGCCCCAAAUCACUGCUGGUGUCCUCGCCCUCAACUAAGCUGCUCACCCUGGAGGAGGCACAAGCAAGGACGCAAGCCCAGAUCAACUCCCCUAUAGUGGCAGACAGUAAAUACAUUGAAGUGGGAGAAGGCCCUGCUGCAUUACAGGGGAAAUUCCACACCGUCAUAGACUUUCCAUCUGAAAGAAAAAGACCGCCCAACAAGAUGAAGAAAUCUCCUGUUGGCAGUUGGCGCUCCUUCUUCAACCUGGGAAAAUCCUCUUCUGUCUCCAAGCGGAAACUGCAGCGCAAUCCAAGUGAGCCCUCCGAAAUGAAAGCCAUAGCGCUGGCAGGUGGGAGAGGAGAUAGCGGGACCCUGCGCUCAGCUAAAAGUGAAGAGUCUCUCACUUCCCUGCAUGCUGUGGAUGGUGAAUCUAAACUGUUCCGGCCUAGAAGACCCAGGUCCAGUAGCGAUGCACUGUCUGCUUCCUUCAAUGGGGAGCUCCUGGGGACCAUGAACCGCUGCAAUUCUUAUGAUAACCUGCCCCAUGACAAUGAGAGCGAUGGGGACGAGGGGCUGAUUCAUGUUCCUGCCCUCAUGUCUCCUAGGUCAGCAGAAGAUGUUGACCUGAGCCCACCGGAUAUUGGAGUAGCUAGCCUGGAUUUUGAUCCUAUGUCUUUUCAGUGCAGUCCACCCAAGACAGAGUCUGAGUGCCUGGAUAGCAGCAUCUCUCUGUUGGAGUCCAUGGGUUUUAACGAGGACAAGCCAAGCGUAGCUAAGAAGGACUUGGAGUCUGGUAGCCAGAGUCAGACCCCUGGCAGUGCCACAAGCUCUGAACCAGUGUCCCCCUUCCAAGAGAAAAUGAGUCCUUUCUUUACUCUGGACCUGAGCCCAACUGAGGAGAAGGCAUCCAAAACCCACUCCUUCUCGGAGAAGGUCACCUAUGCCUUCUCACCUAAGACAGGGCGAAAGCCAGUCAAGUCUCCACUGGUGACUAUAUCAGAGCCAGUCUCUUUGACGCUGCCCAGACAAGCAUGCGAAGGGAUGCCUACUGCUGCGGGGAGCACGGCUUCUUCAAACUGGAGCAAAAGCAUCAGUGAAGCCACAGACAGGUCCCCAACACAGAGGAUGUCUUUGCCCCUGAAAGCCAGCGAGAUGGCAGCAGGUGAGGGAUACCACCAAGAGGCCCAGACCCAGCUGACUGCUGCCAAGCCAGAGCUGCAACAAGAAGGGGAGCGCCCCAUGCCAAGCAGCCAGAAUAAGACUGUACCUUCUGGACCCACUCAGCCAGGAGCAGUUGCCCUCGACUCCCCCCAGGAUCCUGUUCCUGUCACUUCUGUGUCUCUUGUCCCUCCUCCUCCUCCGAAAAAUGCAGCACGCAUGCUGGCCUUAGCGUUAGCUGAGUCCGCACAGCAAGCGUCUACUCAGUCUCAGAAGAAAGCAGGAGAUGCUCAUUCUGACUGUACAAAUUACGGAGAGACUGACAUUGGUAUAGCUAUAGAAAAGGUCCACCUCUCUGCGGGGGCUGCUCCAGACAAGCUCCAUCUGUGUACUGGUGUUCCCGAGAACCAAAUCCACUUCCAGAGCGGGGCACCUGCAGAUCAGUUCCAGAGUGGGGCACCUGUAGACCAGGACCUCAGCAGGACACCUGGGGACUGCAGUCAUCUACACAGUAGUACACCUGGAAACAGGGACCAGCCCCAUCUGCAUACUGGGACGCCUGGGGACCUGCAUAGUGGCACAAAGGUGGACUGGAACCACUCCAACUUCCAUACUGGAACAAUGGGGGACAAGGACCACUUCCCCUCCCAUCCAGGUGGCCCUGGAGAUUGGGCGUACACUCCUCUCCAUACAGGUGCUUUGCUUGGCCGGGAACCAUCCACAACAGAUGUGCCUAUAGACAAGCCACACCUCCAUACUUGCAUAUCUAUGGAUAAGUAUCACAUCCCUGUGGAGAAGCUUCAUCUCCCUGCCAGCACAGCUGAUGACAAACUCCAGCCUCCUCCUAUAGCUGCCAGGGAGAAAACCGCCAUGGCUACAAUGACAUUCAUGACAACUAUCCAGACAUCAGCUACUGAGAUGAGUCAUGGAACAGCAGGUCAGCACACGGCCCCUGAACCCACCGCUCAGGCAGAUGUUACUGUCACAGCUGCUCAGCGCAUUCUUAUGACCAAUUCCCUAGCACCAUCUCAGAGACAGGCAGACCAUCAGCCAGCCAUGGGACAAGUUCCAGCCGUAGCCACCAGAGAAUCAAGUACUUCCAACCAGGUACGAGGAGCGCCGCCUCCAGAGAAGCUGCCUGAGCCUCGACUAGCGGAGCUUGCUCCAGUUUUUGUCACCGAAAGUAGCUCUGCUAUCUGCUGUACCUCAUCCACCCCUGCGUCCCACCAGGGUCAUUUGGAAAAGUCCCGGGAGAACGUCAGGGCUCCCUCUUUGCACCUGCGUUCCGAAUCGGUCCCCACACACUCCUCCUAUGGCUUUGCACCCCCCAUCCCGCCCGUGAGAACGCUGGAAAGUAAGAUAGCUGCAGCCAUGCACUCCAACAGUGUGGAUGCAGUGAAUACCUCCAGUUACCAUUCCUUCCUGGUUUCCUCCAUUCUGCCAUCGUCUGGGGAGGAGGCUUUGCCCCCGCCACCACCGCCCAAGCACGCCUCUCUGCAGUCUGCCUAUCUGCCCCAUCCCAAGCCAGAGAGCACCCCUGAGCUGCCCAUGCCAGAGAACUAUCUGCACCACAAGCCAGCAUCCGUCCAUCAGUACAGGCCGGAGAGCGUCCCGCCACAUCUCUCCUACCACGGCAAGUCCGACCAGCACCAAGCUUACGCCUCCAGGUCAGAAACACCCACUUCCAUGGGCCCCCGCUACACCGCCUACGCCAGCCAAGGGAAGAAUACGUCAGCCCAUCACUCCAAGCCUCGCAGCCGCGUGGAAUAUGCAUCCUCCAUGAGCCCUACCACCCUGCGAAGCACCGGGUACGCUGAGGACGCUCCACCCUACCCCACCAUCCGCAGGGUGCAGUCACUGCACAUUUCCACCCCUUCCACCAUCCGCUCCGUCCCCAUUUCGCGGACAGAGGUGCCUCCCGAUGACGAGCCUGUGUACUGCCCGCGGCCCCUUUAUCAGUAUAAGCCAUGCCAGCCCCACUCAGAUUAUCACGUCACUCAGCUACAGCCUUACUUCGAGAAUGGGCGUGUGCAUUACAGGUAUAGCCCUUAUUCCAGCUCGUCUGGCUCCUCCUGUUACCCCACAGCAGCAGACGGGGGGUUUUAUGACCUAGACCCCUACAGCACAAUGCGGCUCAGGCAUUUCCACCCCCUUCCUAGCCGAGACUUUGCAUCCUACACCUCCAGGCUGCAAAGUAAGAAUCUGUACCGCUAUCCCGGCCUGCCUGCCUAUCCUCGGGGAGGCCUGAUGAGCCACCUGGCAGGAAAAGAGCACAGCUUUAUCAGCAGAGAUGUGCCCCCAGCCCCGGACAUCAAGCACACAUACAUGUCAUGGGAUCUGGAGGACAUAGAGAAAUACCGCGUUCAGUCCAUCCGCCGGGAGAGCCGCUCACGCCAGAAAGUGAAAGGGCCAGUGAUGUCUCAGUACGACAACGUGGCUCCUGUGCUGCAGGAGGAGCUUGGGGGGGUGGACAUCAUCCAUCUCCGCAGCAAAUCGGAUCCUGGGAAAACUGGUCUCCUGACUGUAGCCGAAGGGAAAGAAGGGAGAUAUCCAACCAAGGCAGCCACCCCCGAAGGGGACGAACGUUACUAUCUGCAGCACUCCGAGCUGGAGCCGGACAGAACCCAUUACCAUGGGGCCUAUGGGAACGGGCAGUCAGAGAAGCCUUCCCUUCCCCAAAAGCAGAGCAGCAUCAGGAGCAGAAAGCUGCACGAGCCAGAGCACAGGGGACACCUGCAGCAGGAAGCAAGCCAUCGGCAGCCUUCGGAAUCCAAAAACGGGCCCCCUUACCCAGACUACAGGCCAAAGGGUGGCCAGGAAGCCACGGAGCAUAUUGGUUUCCAGCACUCGGGUGGGAAGUACGUCACAGCCGGCCAGGAGGCCCUGCGACCUAACCACAAGGAGGCAAAGCUGGCAGAGGACCGGCCAGACUUAGAAAGGCCUCGAGCCAGGCAAACAGGCCCUGGCGAGAAACACACCAGGGACUGCUAUAAUAAAGAGGAGGAGCACCACGUCCAACCCAUGGCGCCGCCUCCCAAGCCAGAACGGAGCCACAGCCUCAGAAUCCGGCAUCCGGAGAACAUGGACAGGGACCCUGGCCUCCUGUACCCAUACCAAACCCUUGGCAAACGCCAAAGCAGUAUGACAGUGGUGUCCCAGUAUGAUAAUUUGGAGGAUUACCAUACCAUGCCUCAGCACCAAAGAGGGGGCUACCUUGGAGUAGGGGCAUUCAUGCCCCCUGGCUUUCCCCAUUCACACAGUAGGACAUAUGCCACAGCAUUGGGCCAGGGGGCCUUCCUUCCUACAGAGCUGUGUUUGCAGAGGCCGGAAACAGAGAUCCAUGCCGAGUGAGCAGGGGGAAGGAGGGAUAGAGCCUAAGCAGCCUCUGCUGGACAGUGGACUGUUUUAUUUUUUCAGUGACAAAAUUAAAAAAAAAAACCCACCCCCCUGAGCAAAGCAGACCCUCUCUCAACCCUGCCACCAGCUCACCACUCAAUGUUUGUCCUAGGUGUAUAGUUUUUUUUCGUGUUGUUUGAAGGUUGGAAUAAUCGCACAGGCUGUGUUGGCAUGUGGAAAGAUGAGCCAGGACCCAGAGAGGCAGAGCAGAUCUGAAAGAGGCAUGGUGGGGAGGGGAGAAGGGGGGUUCCUUCCCCUGGUUUGACAUGGGCUGGUGGUUGCAUUCAGCUCCUGUUUGGCAUAUCCAGUCACUCUCCCAACUGCUAACAUCAGAGGAGUUGCAUGGAUAGGUUUUACCCUUUGAAUGAGAUGCCGUUGGGGAAUCUCUGUCCUGACCCUUUCAGAUUGAAUCAGUAACACACCACAAGCUGUGGGGUAAGGACAGCUUCAAAGUGUUUGGUGCUCUGCAUCCCCUUGAAAAUUAUGUAGGGAUAGACUGGGCCUAAUCCAGUUCCCACUGAAGUGGGAGGGAGAUUGGCUGCAAGCCAGGUCACAGAGCUGUUACAGAAAAACAUUGAACAAGCAGCUUCUAGCUUGAGAAGGGAUGUAUACUGAAACUCAAGCAUUCACCUUCAUACUGAUACAAUAAAUGGAGACAGAUUUUGAAAGUGAAGUAAGCCAGGGCAGCACUUCUACCUUUGAAAGUAAAAAAACCACCCUCUCCCCUGCCACACACACUCUUGGGCACAGGUGAUUGAGCAGCAUACACAUUUCAUUCUUAUUCCUCUUUACUUACAGGCUACCAGCUAUUUAAUUGCACAUCCUAGCUGGCCAGAAACUACCCUCUAUUUACAGUGUCACUAGAUGAUUGUGUCCAGCUUGUAAACUAGAGCACAGGUUCCCUGCUGGGAGCGACUUGCAUAACCACCAACUUACCUGCGUGACCACAGAAUUGCUCUGGGCCAAAUAACUCAGUACUUCAGGGAAAACUCCCGUUGACUUUCAUAUGUGACCUACAGGAUGAGGCUCUCUUUUUAGCACUGUCUGACUCACGAGAUCACAGUGAGUCGCUCUAGGUACAGAGCAGUUAUGUGCUGUGUGUGCUAUGAAAUAGCAUUGCCUCCCUUACUGCAAGUGUUGUUCACACCAGGAUUCAGUCAUUGGGGCGAGGUGAAGGGAUGGAACAAUGCAUCUUUAUAACACACCCCUGCUGUUGCCCUGCCUAUUUAAAACGCUCUCCCUACUUCCUAGAAACAAGUCAGCGUUUCAUCUGCAGCCUCUCUGGAUUCACAGCCAUUUUAAUCCCACCUUAAAGCACAUACGUUUUAUGAGACAGGGCUUCCUAGAAAAUACUUGUGAUUUAGCAUUUAAAAUCUUCAGAGUUCACCCAUGCUACGGGGACCUUUUAUGUGCUGUUGGAUCACACAAUUUCUCUACCUGUUUGGAAAUUCAGAGUUUACUUAAAGCAUCUGAGAAGUUCUCUUAGCUGAAAGUCCUUCAGCUGACAUAGCUAAGAUUAUUAAAAGGAACUCAUGUCAGAGCCUCGAACAAGUGUUUUAUUGAUUGCUAUUUUUGGCUUUUAAAGUAAUAGUAAAAACCUGUCAACGCUCACAAGGGAACACCACACUUCUAGUAGGUACCUAGUCAUUAGCAGUUUGGUUCUUUUAAUCUCAGCCUUUUCUGGGUCUAUUUCAACUAGGAGAGCCUGUGGUCUGAUUUUAUUGUGCAAUGCAUUGUUUUAAGAAGAAUUUGUUUAAUAUAGAGAGUUUUUCCUAAAUGUUAUGGAAAUAAAUAUAGCUGUCAGGAAAAAAGCACUGUGAUCCAGGUUACCUCAGUAUCAUUCGCCUUGUGACUAACUAGAGUAUGUGUUGUUUUUCUGGAGGUUUUUUUGGAGGGGGUGGGGUGUGACAGAAUAAAGCAUGAAAGGGCUGUUAGCUGAAAACUCAGAGCCACUUAGGGGACCAGCCAUUCUCUCUGGGCUACUAGCCAAUUCUGCUAGUAAACCUGGCUUUCCUGAUACAAUCUGUGCAGGGGAGUCUAGCUACAGUACUCAGUCAAGCUAUGUUUAGAGACUAGUAUUGGGACUUAGCACUUCAUCUCCCCUCUGCUGCUCCAGAGUGUUCUGGAUUUGGGGCAGGAACAAAAAGUCAUUGGUUAGGAUUGAGGUGACAAGGAGAGCCUGUCAAACCUCUCUCCCUCCCUCCCUCAACGCCUUAAUUUUCCCUUCAACUCUUUGUAUUGGCCUUAAGUUACCCAAAGAAUGCUCCCCAUGAGACAGCUGAGCUGAGCUCCCUCGAACACUGAACAUCUCUGCUCAUUUGCCUGCACUUGUUGCCUAUCUUGAAGCUGCCCUGCUCCUAUAGGGUAUAAGCCCCAUCUCCCAACUAUUUCACUCCUUACGAGUAGUAGCAGCAAGAGACAGAGCCUGGGAUCUCCGCCUGCUCCAUUGUUCACUGCAGGACAGUCCGCACAGCGCCCUACCAUCAUUGGUUUCUGUGAAGUCAAGGCCCCUCAGCACCAUACAGGAAUGGCCCCGUAAGUGAACAACCGACCCCAUCAUUAAGGCCUUGUCUACACUUUAAAAUUAAUCUGGAAUAAGGCAGGGUGUGACUUUAGAGCAGACCAGCUAGUCCUGAAUCACCUCCAUGGAUGGAUGCUCAUAUACCAGAAUAAGAGUGCUUUAUUCCCAAUCAGAUUAAUCCCUGGAUUAAACUAACUCAGGCGUUCUUAAUCUGG